AUGAAGGAGCAAGGAAGUAGAGCCGAGGAAGUGAAAAGGCGGGUGAGCGCGGUGGUGCAGUCCAUUCGGUCAACGAUGGGGACAAGCCUGGGGCCCAAGGGAAUGGACAAAAUGAUCACGCAGGGGAUGAACACCACAAUAACAAACGACGGAAGCACAAUCCUGAAAACAAUGAAAAUGAAGCAUCCAAUUGCGCAGCUGAUAUGCAACAUAUCGCACUCGCAGGACGAGCAAAGCGGAGACGGAACAACCAGCGUAACUCUGCUUCUGUGCGCGCUGGUGGAGCAGGCCUUGGAGCUUGUCAGCAAGAAAAUCCACCCUGUCAUUGUUGCGGAGGCCAUGGAGGUCGCAAAGAACCUGUGCAAGGCGGCGCUGACGGAAAACGCGCUGGAGAUGAAGGGCAGCGUGGACAUGAAGGACUGCAUCCGCAUUUCCCUGAACUCUAAGAUAGUGAAUGCGUAUAUAGGCAAGAUAACAGAGGUGACCAUGCAGGUGAUAGAAAACAGCACGGACAAGGAAACGCAGAGCUUGAAUCUUAGCAACGUGCGAAGGGUGAAAAUACGGGGAAACAUGGAGGACACUGAAAUGGUUCCAGGAAUAGUUCUGCCGACGCCUUUAAAGAGAAAGACCAAGUUUGUGCCCAGAGAGAUGAAGGUGGCUAUUUUCCAGUGCACAAUUGGGCAGUCCAAGCCGUCGCUUGACGCAAAAAUAACGGUCAGCAACUACGAGUCAAUGGAGCAGGUGAUUCGGGAGGAAAAGGCGCAUGUGCUUUCGCUGUGCAAGCACAUAAAGGACAAGGGAAUAGACCUUAUAAUUCUCCAGAAGAGCAUUAUUCGGGAGUCGCUGUCCGAGCUGGGCAUGCACUUCCUGGAGAGAAUGGGCAUUAUGGUGGUGGACGGCGUGGAAAGAAAGGAGGUCGAGCUGUGUGUCGAGCAGAUGGGGAUUUCCCCGGUUGUCGACAUAACGGACAUAAAGGACAGCAUGAUAGGGAAGUGCCACGUGGACGAGCUGGAGGGGCAUGUGAAGCUGUCUGCAGGAAAGGGCGUGUGCACGGUUGUUCUGCGGGCGACCGACGACGUGAUACUGGAGGAGGUUGACAGAAGCUUCAACGACGCAAUCAACGUGGGCCGGCUGGCUGUGAGCAAGCCUCUUAUGAUAUACGGAGGGGGGGUGCCCGAGAUGAUUUGCUACACAGAGCUGGCCAAGUACAGUGGCUCGGAAAACCAAAAGAUAAACUACUGCGUGCAGGAGCUGGCCAAGGGCCUGCUGGCUGUGCCCGAGAUGCUGGCAAUAAACACGGGAGCAAACUCAAUCUCAACCGUGGAGAGCCUGAUAAAGCUGCACAGCCAAGGAAAAAAAACAUAUGGAGUGUCGAUCAAGGCGGUUGGCGAAGGAGACAUGAAGAAGGAGAACGUGGUGCAGCCUCUGGACGUCUCUAUUUCUGGAAUCUCGGGCGCGCUCGAUGGUGCGUCUACAAUUAUCAGAAUAGACGACUUUAUACCUGCAGCAAAGUAA